UAUUAUUAUUAGUCAAGAAGACGGGAAAAAUGAAGUUGGUUUUGUAUUAGCCACACCUACCGUAGGUGUACCCUGAUAAAAGGUUCUCUUUGGCAUGAAUUGUAAUCUUGACGUUUGUCAAAGAAGGGUCUGAUUAAAUAUAAACAUAGAUAAACCGAGGAAGUCCGUAGCUAAUGGGCCUUGUAGAGUUAAACAUUUUCUUUCUGCAAAUAAAAGAGGAAUUGCAUAAAGAGGAGACCAUUAGUUAGGGGCUUAUUAGCCCUGAACAACACUGCAGCGGUGAUAUACUGAGGAUAUUUGCAUCUAAUGGGCCUUGUAGAGUGUUUUUUUCUCCUUUCUUUCAGGGGGGCUGGCCCUCGAGGCUAAAACUCAAUGUUUAAAGGGCAGGGAACAUUUAAGCAUAGGGGAUGGGGGAAAUUCUCCUGGCCACUCCCCCAGCUACGCCUCUGACCUUAUGAUAUCAUAGUGUUUUACAGCUAGACCAAGUCUUACAAUCGUAGCCAUCUUAAAGAAUGUCGAUCACCCACUCAUUUGUUAUUGUUUAUCAUAGAAAAUACAACGUUUUAUUCGUAAGGAAACUUUAGAAUAACAAUCUACAAAUGAAGUCUCAUAUUUUAUUGACGAUAUUUGAUUGAAAAUAUAUUGGUUACUUGUUUGAAUUAGCCGAUGGAAAUGGAUGUUUUGUGUGACCCGCCAUUGAGCGGGUGUAUAAAAUGGCGGCGUGAUUGGCCUUCUUUAAAGUUUUGCAUUCAAAGCAUAGGGGAUGGGGGGAAUUCUCCCGGCCACUCCCCCGGCUACGCGCCUGACCUUAUGAUGUCAUGGUGUUUUACAGCUAGACCUAGUUUUACAAUCGUAGCUAUAUUAAAGUUUUGCGAAGAAGGCCAUUAAUGGUAGUACUAUUUGAUUGACAUGAACUUCAACAGCUAAACAGCGGGGCGAAUGUGGCAAGGAAAUGCUUCAGUGCUCAUCAGAACACGACAGGAGAAUCCUAGCUAUAAAGCUCGUUAAUCUAAGGUAUUUUUCUGGUUUGCUAAUUGGCUAACUUCCUUAAAACUUUGUCUUUUGGCCGCGGUAGAACGAAGUUGAAAAGAAACAGGAAAUGUUUAAGAGCACAAUGAUUCCGCACCAAACAGCUCUUACUGCUAAGUUUAAGUUGUGUACCUUAAUAAAAGCUGACACUUGAGAACGAAAAUUAUAAUUUACUUUAAGGAAGACAUGCCAUCGAAACCAAACUCAAACAAUCCUAUUAAGAACAAGCUGGCGUCUUUAACGACACGAUAUUCCACACAUUUUCGGUCGCUGAAAUGUUAGUCGUCGCUUCCCAUGUAUUUUUUCUCAGUGCUGCCUUUGCAUUACACUCGAUCACGAUUCAAAACCAUAUUGGUCCUGGAAUCCCGUAUCAGUCCCUCGCUGUAGAUUGGUUAGCAUGUAUUAUUGCUUGCGAAGAAGACUCAGAAUGCGUCUCUUAUAACUACCUUCCUGCCUCCAACGGUGGGAAUUCUUGUGAGCUCAGCCAUUGCGGCAUUGAACACUUCGAGAGUGAGGAAGGUCUGGUAUUUUCACCUGGUGCUGUGUUUCACCAGAUUCGACAAUACAAGGAUUCACGGCAUUGCCAUAAGCCAAAGAACACGGAGGAUGCAGUUGACUUGAAGUGCAAAUCGGGCAAUUUUCCCUGCGGCACAAAUGCACGUUGUGUGACGUCAUUUGACGUAACACAUGCUGCUUGUGAGUGCAAAGUUGGUUUUCAAGGGAAUCCACAAACAGGGUGUCAGGAUAUCGACGAAUGCACAGAGCGCCGUAAUCCAUGCCGUGCAGGAACUACAUGCAAAAACACCAUCGGCUCCUUCACCUGUGAAUGUCCAACCGGUCGCUAUGACAACGGGGAAAUUUGCUCUCGUUGCCUUGAAGGUUGGGAAAUCUACCAAGCUAACCACUCCUGCUUUAAGUUUGUGAGUGAGAAGCGACCAUGGACGGAUGCAAGCCGUUAUUGCCAAAACAUUGGAGGAAAUUUGACCUCGAUACACAGUGCAGAAGAGAACGUCUUUGUUUCUGGUUUAGGGAGGAGGAGAAAGGGAGGAAACGCCUACUGGAUCGGCCUCAACGAUCUCAAGAACGAAAAGGCGUUUGUGUGGAGUGAUGGAACAUCGGUAGACUUCACACAAUGGGCUUUUAACAAACCAAGUGACAAUGGCAAAGAUAAGGAUUGUACUUACCUUUUAAAUCAGUCCAAGACUUGGAUCGACUUUUCCUGUGCCAACAGUUACCCCUUUGUGUGCCGAUACCCCUUAGAGCCGGCAUGAAUUAAACCUUAUCUUGCAUUUAAAA